AUGACGAAGCAAUUGGCAGUGGCAUUUGUUUGUUUAGGCAACAUAUGUCGUUCACCAAUGGCAGAAGCCGUCUUUAAACAGAAGGUUAAGGAUUUUAAUUUGGAAGAUAGAUUUAGUGAAAUUGACUCAUUUGGAACCGCAGGGUUCCAUGUAGGCGAGGAACCUGAUCCAAGAAGUUCCUCCACCUGUAGGAACAAUGGAGUUCCAGUUUCUCAUCGUGGGCAACAAAUCAAAGCUCACCACUUUGACAUGUUUGACUACAUAAUCUGCAUGGAUGAUUCCAAUAAGAGGAAUUUGGAACGGAUGAAACCAGAAGGUAGUAAAGCUACGAUACACUUAUUUGGUGAAUGGAAUACUAAUGGCGUUUUCAAGAAAAUUGUUGAUGACCCAUAUUAUGGAGGCGAUGACGGUUUCGAAUACAACUUUAACCAAAUUGCGUACUUCUCUGAGGAGUUUCUUAAAAAGGAAUUGUAA